CCGAGAGCGGGUUCGGUGCAGAGGCGGCGGCGGCGGCCGGGAGAAGGCGCAGUGACCGCAGCUCCGAAGGCCCACGGGCUGGUGGGGAGGUGACUGGAGCGCAGGCGGCUCCCGGAGGCUCUCUUCCCUCACGGAGGGCGCCGGGCGGGCCUCACCUCUGGCUCCCCCAGCAUGCGCGGGCUCCCGGGGGGCGGCUGCGGGCGCGGGGCCUAGGGAUGAUCUUCACGGUCGCCCGCUGCGCGCUCCGGUGGCUGCGACGGCCUGGCGGCCGUACCUUGUCCCGCGCCGCCAUGGAGGUGGCCUUUCGAGGCGUGCGGAAAGUCCUCUGUGUGGCCGAGAAGAACGACGCGGCCAAGGGGAUCGCCGACCUGUUGUCCAACGGUCGCAUGAGGCGGAGAGAAGGACUUUCUAAAUUCAACAAGAUCUAUGAAUUUGACUAUCAUCUCUAUGGCCAGAAUGUUACCAUGAUAAUGACUUCGGUUUCUGGACAUUUGCUGGCUCAUGAUUUCCAGAUGCAGUUUCGAAAAUGGCAGAGCUGCAACCCCCUUGUCCUCUUUGAAGCAGAAAUCGAAAAGUACUGCCCAGAGAAUUUUGUGGACAUCAAGAAAACUCUGGAACGAGAGACCCAGCAGUGCCAGGCUCUGGUGAUCUGGACUGACUGUGACAGAGAAGGGGAAAACAUCGGGUUUGAGAUUAUCCAUGUGUGCAAGGCUGUGAAGCCCAGUCUGCAGGUGCUGAGAGCCCGUUUCUCUGAGAUCACAUCGCGCGCUGUCAGGAUGGCCUGUGAAAACCUGGCUGAACCUGAUCAGAGAGUAAGCGAUGCUGUGGAUGUGCGGCAGGAGCUGGACCUGAGGAUUGGCGCUGCCUUCACUAGGUUCCAGACCUUGCGGCUUCAGAGGAUUUUUCCCGAGGUGCUGGCAGAGCAGCUCAUCAGCUAUGGCAGCUGCCAGUUCCCUACACUGGGGUUUGUGGUGGAGAGGUUUAAAGCCAUUCAGGCUUUUGUGCCAGAAAUUUUCCACAGAAUUAAAGUAACUCAUGACCACAAAGAUGGUACUGUAGAUUUCAACUGGAAAAGGCAUCGUCUCUUUAACCACACGGCUUGUCUUGUCCUCUAUCAGUUGUGUAUGGAGGAUCCCAUGGCAACUGUGAUGGAGGUCAGGUCUAAGCCAAAGAGCAAGUGGAGGCCUCAAGCUUUGGACACUGUGGAGCUUGAAAAGCUGGCUUCUCGCAAGUUGAGAAUAAAUGCUAAAGAAACCAUGAGGAUUGCCGAAAAGCUCUAUACUCAAGGGUACAUCAGCUAUCCCCGAACGGAAACAAACAUUUUCCCCAGAGAUUUAAACCUGACUGUGUUGGUGGAACAGCAAACCCGGGAUCCCCGCUGGGGGGCCUUUGCCCAGAGCAUUCUAGAGCAGGGUGGCCCUACCCCACGCAAUGGGAACAAGACUGACCAAGCCCACCCUCCCAUUCACCCCACCAAAUAUGCCAGCCACUUGCAGGGAGAUGAACAGCGACUGUACGAGUUUAUUGUUCGCCAUUUCCUGGCUUGCUGCUCCCAGGAUGCUCAGGGGCAGGAGACCACAGUGGAGAUUGACAUUGCUCAGGAACGCUUCGUGGCCCAUGGCCUCAUGAUUCUGGCACGAAACUAUCUGGACGUGUAUCCAUAUGAUCACUGGAGUGACAAGAUCCUCCCCAUCUAUGAGCAAGGUUCCUGCUUCCAGCCGAGCACUGUGGAGAUGGUGGAUGGGGAGACCAGUCCGCCCCAACUGCUCACUGAGGCUGACCUCAUUGCCCUCAUGGAGAAGCACGGCAUUGGUACUGAUGCCACUCACGCGGAGCACAUCGAGACCAUCAAAUCCCGGAUGUACGUUGGGCUCACCCCAGACAAGCGGUUCCUCCCGGGGCACCUGGGCAUGGGACUUGUGGAAGGUUAUGAUUCCAUGGGCUAUGAGAUGUCCAAGCCUGACCUCCGAGCUGAGCUGGAAGCUGAUCUGAAGCUGAUCUGUGAGGGCAAGAAGGACAAGUUUGUGGUGCUAAGGCAGCAAGUGCAGAAAUACAAGCAGGUUUUCAUUGAAGCACUGGCUAAAGCAAAGAAAUUGGACGAGGCCUUGUCCCAGUAUUUCGGGGAAGGGGCAGAAGUAGGCCAGCAAGAAGAGAUCUACCCAGCCAUGCCAGAGCCCAUCAAGAAGUGCCCACAGUGCAACAAGGACAUGGUCCUCAAGACCAAGAAGAGUGGCGGGUUCUACCUCAGCUGCACGGGUUUCCCAGAAUGUCGAUCGGCCAUGUGGUUUCCCGACUCAGUGCUGGAGGCCAGCAGGGAUGAGAGUGUGUGUCCAUUGUGUCAUCCGCAGCCUGUGUACAGGUUGAAGUUAAAGUUUAAGCGUGGUAGCCUUCCCCCAACCAUGCCUCUGGAGUUUGUUGGCUGCAUCGGCGGAUGUGAUGAGACCCUGAGGGAGAUCCUGGACCUGAGAGUUUCUCGGGGUCCCCCUAGAGCUUGCCAGCCUGCCAGCCAGCCCUCUGGCCACCUGCAGGCUAGCCAGUCCUUCAACAGGAUGGACAGCAGCCAUCACAGCCACUCCCUGCAUCCUGACAGCAGACAGACUGGGCCCUCUAAGGCUGUGGCCCGGACCCUCCUACCACCCACUACUGCUGGUGAAAGCAACUCCGUGACCUGCAACUGUGGGCAGGAGGCCGUGCUGCUCACCGUCCGUAAGGAGGGACCCAACCAGGGCCGGCAGUUCUAUAAGUGCAAUGGUGGCAGCUGCAACUUCUUCCUGUGGGCCGACAGCAGCCAUCCUGGAGCGGGAGGGCCUGCCGCCUCAGUGUCAAGACCCCCAGGCGGCUCCCAGGGACGCCCACCAGGCUCGGGAGGCCACCUGGGUGGAUUUGGUAGCACUGCUGAUGCUGGUGGUGGUGGCACAUCCUGCCUGUGCAGCCAGCCCACCGUCACACGGACCGUGCAGAAGGACGGGCCCAACAAGGGCCGCCAGUUCCACACAUGCGCCAAGCCAAGAGAGCAGCAGUGUGGCUUCUUCCAGUGGGUCGAUGAGAACAUGGCCCCAGGGACAUUUGGAGCCCCACCCUGGCCAGGAGGCAGAGGAAAAAUCCAGGGGGCAGAGGCCAGAAGCAAAAGACCCCGAGCCAGAUCCUCGGACAUGGGGUCCACAGCAAAGAAACCUCGGAAAUGCAGCCUUUGCCACCAGCCUGGACAUACCCGUCCCUUCUGUCCUCAGAACAGAUGAGAGUGGGGAUGGUAGAGAUGGCCACUUUCUCAUACCUGGAAAUGAAUGAACUAGGACCAGGUGGCCAUUUGCUGUCCUGGAAACUUGGAGGAAAGUGUUGGCUUUUGGAGUCGGGCCUUCCUGUGUUAAAUAGCAGAAGGCCAGCUCUGCUGGACAGUGGCUGGCCCUGUGCCCUAUAAAGAUGGUUGCUGUUAGCAAUGGGCAGAUUUAACAAUAGGCGUUGGCAUGGUCCCCAGCCGUAGCCUACAGUGUUGCAAACCAAGAAGCAACCAGAGCUUCCUUCACCACCAGAAAGCCCGUGGGUGUGGAACUGGCACUGGGCAGCCUGGAUGGGGCUUCUCUCCACCGCCCUUCUGAGAAGGACGAUGUCACGCAAAGAAGUGGCUCUUGUUCUAACACUAUCUGCAGAAGCAUCUCCAUUCUCUAUUUAGCUAGAACCCAGGACACCCGUAGCUCAUGUGCCUUAAUAAAGAAUUCAACCCCUUUUAUUCUGACAAGUGAUAGUGAGGUGUCUGGGGAACGUUUGCAGGAGCAGGGGGCACAGGCGCCUGCCAGUGCCAGAGGGAGCUCUCACUCUGGGGCUCUCACUGUCCAUGGCCCCUUGCAGUCCCCUUCCCAGCCCCAGCCCUUCCUUCCUGUCCACGUGGUGAGCACUGUGCCCAACUUCUACCCACCCAACAGCGUGUCCCUCGGAGCAGAGAAGAUGCCUGAUGCAAGACUCAGAACACUAACUUUGCACCUCCUGGACUUCCCAGAGGUGGCCACGUUCCUUGUUUGCCUUCACAAACACUGUGAAUAGUGUACAGCUGUGCUGGCUUCAUCUUAUAGUUUAGAAAAUAAGUGGAACUGGGGUGUGGAUUGCCCGGUUACAUUAGUGGUUGGUGAAGAAACGAACUGUUCUCAGGUCGGGACUGCUGGCUCAUACUCUUCAGCUAGACCAAUGGCUCUGUGCCCUGGCUGGGCGUCAGAGGGGAGGGUUUUUACAGAUGUGGAUUCCUGGAAUUGUUCCUGACACAUCUUAGUGAGGGUGAGUUAUGGCUGUGAAUUUGUGAUUUUCCCCCUCCUCCCAGCCCCUGGAAACCACCAAUCUACUUCUUGUCUCAGGGUUUACCUAGUCUGGAUAUUUUGUGUAAAUGGAAUCGUACAAUAUGUGAUCUGUAUCCGGCUUCUUUUACUUAGCAUAAUGCUUGCAAGGCUUAUCCACAUUGCAGCACAGAUCAGCAGUUCGUUUUAUGGCUGAGGCGCUCUGUUGUAUGCAUAUACCACAGUAUGUUUACCCGUUAUUCUGUUGUGGACGUUUGGGUUGUUUCCACCUUUUCUUUAUUGUGAGUAGCGCUGUGAACAUUUCUGUACAAGUAUUGGUUCAAUUAUCUGUUUUCAGUUAUUUGGGGCAUAUGCCUAGGAGUGGGGUUGCUGGGUCACGUGGUACUUCCAUGUUUUAACUUUUUAAGGAACUGCCAAAAUUUUCCAUAGUGGCUUCACCAUUUUGUGUUCUUUUUUUUUAAAGAUGACUGGUAAGGGGGUCUUAACCCUUGACUUGUCAGCACCGCGCUCUCCCGAGUGAGCCCUGGGCCCCGGGCCGGCCCUACCAUUGUGUGUUCUCACCACAACUCAUGAGGGUUACUUUUCCUCCACAUCCUCUUCAGCACUUGUUUUCUUUUUUUGUAUUCUAGCCAGCUGAGUGGGUGUGCAGUGACAUCUCGUGGGGUUUUUCGGUGGCUGGCCAGCAAGGGGAUCUGAACCCUUGAUCUGGGUGUUAUCAACCUCACGUUGUCCUGACUAAGCCAACUGGCCAGUCCUCACUGUGGUUUUGAUUUGCGUCUUCCUAGUAACUAAUGAUGUUGAUCAUGUUUUUAUGUGCUUGCUGGCCAUUUGUAUAUAUUCUUUGGGAAAAUGUCUA